GAUUAUCCCUGAACAUUCGUAGUAUAAUUUUCGUAUAUGUAUAUACAUUAUAUAUAUAUACAUAUUCACAUACAUCUAUGCAUAUACUCAAUAUAUACAUAGGUACAUUCGUUCUCAGUGUUUUAGUUUUCUUUUUCGUACUAACACACAUACACACGUACAUAAGUCAACACUGUUACAUUCGGAGUUAAUGUUGGUCAAUAUUAUUAAAAACAAACGGAUUUACGGUGUUUCCCCCCCUUGAGGACAGUGAACGUCGACGACCGUACAAAAUAAGCGAUAAUAUUAUUUAUUAAUAUUAUGUUGAAUAAGUUUUAAAAAUGUUAAUUAAGUUGUACAAUUAAUCAAGAUUGGUUCAAAAUGAUAUUUUUGAAUAAGUUAUAGUUAAACGCGUACAUAAUUAUUGAUGUAAUUAUUCGAACGUUGACGUUUUUGUUUUUUUUUUUUUUUGUGUAAGUUAGACGAAAGUUGUCAUCAGUUUUCGAAGAUCGCGUCACUUUAUUGUGGACGUUUGAAGAAGAUAUUAGCGAAAUAGAAUUCGUGAAAAUAUUUUUUGGAUAAAUUUGCAACAGCAUUUUGUAGUCCCAUCGACUGAGGAGUGUUUUGAUUUAUAACGUUGUGUUGAUUUUUUGAUAAUGUGGUGGUCGUCGCGGUCGUUGUCAUCGUCGUCUGUGCGAUCCACGUCGUCGUUGACUUAUUUGCAGGGCGAUCGAAUUGAUCCGACUGUAAUAUAGCCCAAAUUAAAUAAUUUGCUAUUGAUUGUUUAAAAUUGUUACUGGAUCUGUAUCAACUCUCAAGUUCCAAUGUCGCUGGAAUAGUUUUUCACAAAUCAAUAUAAAGAUGGGAAAUCCAACUCGGUUCAUGGUUUCAUGGGAUGAUCAUUCAACACAUUUAGUAGCUCGUCUAGGAUAUCUUUUAGAGCGCCAACAAUUAGUUGAUGUUACUCUUAUGUGUAAUACUCAUAGUUUAAAAGUACAUAGAUCAGUUCUUGCAGCUUGUAGUCCAUAUUUUGAGCGUGAACUUGGAAAUCAUCCAAUGAUUGUCCUUAAAGAUAUGAAAUUCAGUGUUCUUAAAUCUUUGAUUGAAUUUAUGUAUUGUGGUGAAACAAAUGUCACUGAAGAUAAUUUACAAGCUUUAGUUGAAGCAGCUAAAUUUUUUGAGGUGAAAGGUUUAUCUUCUCUGGCCCAUGAUAGUUUACAAGAUUCAAAAUCUAUUAAACCACCAUCACUUAUAGGUACUACAACAACACAAACUAGAAUAUGUCAAGUUUCAUCUUCUCCAGUCACACCUAAAAUAGCAGAAAAUGGGAAUUUCUCUUCUCCUGUCUCUGUAAUAGCUCGCCUUGGACAAAAUAAUCCAACAAAUGAAAGGCGACCAUGUGCUGGUCGCGGUCGACCUAAAGCUCAUCUUCAAAGUCCUUGUUGUGAGCCACUUGUGAACAAACCAGCUCCUAUCACGCCACCUCAAACAGAAUCUGCCCAAAUUUUGUUGUCUUUAGCGGGCUCUAAUCAAACAUACGUAUCACCUACUAAGCAUAAAACCAAUGAUAGCAAUAUAACAAAUGUCAAUAAUCCUAAUACCCCUAUUAGUAAUGGCCUGGAUAAUUCAAAUCAGAAAGUCGAUGAAGAAUUGGAACAACGAUAUAAACGUAGUAGAAAAAGACCGGCUGAUUCUAUUGAUGAUAAUCGAUAUGGUGUCAAAAAAUCUAUGACAAUUAAUGAUUUAAAAGCAGAUGAAGAUGUUAAUCGGUCUCCUUUAUUAGCUAGUUUACUAACAAAAAAUGAUAAACUUGUUGAUAACAAACCCAAAGUACAAAAACCCAUUGAGACCCAAACUCAAAAUUCAGAAAGGUAUAUAAAUGCAUUAAGAGGAGCUGGUCUUCCUACUGAUAUACCAAUACUUAUUGAAAAUGGUGAUGGAAACUAUAUAACAUUAACAGAGAAUGUUUAUGAUAUUUUAGCUAAAGAAGAUGCAUUACAUUUUCAGCUCACAGAUAGUAUGAACCUUGUAAAUCUUAAACCUCCUGAUGAGGUAACAAAUAUUCCAGAACAACAAAUUUCUGUAAUAUCAGAAACUAGUACAGAAGACCCAAUAUUAAAAAAUAUUAAAAGUCAUUCACCACCAGACAAUCCAGAUGACGUUGUUCUGUAUAAAGUAGCUGAUAAUGGAAAUAUAGAAAAAUAUGUGUUAACUACAGAAGAUAUAAGAGCAUUUAAAGAAUCAAUAACAGUAACUCCUGAUAAAAAAAAAGAUUCACCUAGGUUAAGUGUAUCUGAAAUUAAUGUACCACUAGAAAAUAAUAAAUCUUCUCCAUUAAUAACAAAAAUUUUAGACUGUGCAAAUGAAAAGUUAUCUGAAGCUUUAUUAGGUAAAUUACCACUUAGGAAAAGAGGUACCUUUAAACUAAACCAUUCUGGUUCUGAAACAGAAAUGUUAACACCAGUGAAUUCUGUUAAUAAUCAGUCAAAUAAUAAUGUUGAUACAGAUGUUGAGUAUGUUGUAGUGGGUGAAGAUAGUAUACAAAUGGAUUUGAUGAAUUCUAAUAGUGUUAAAAACGAAAAACUAAAAAAUGAUGAGCAUCUUAAAAUGGAAAGUGUAGCUGAAGAAGAGAUGAGCGUUUUAGAGGCUAUGAUGAAUAACACAAUUGAAUUUUCAGCUGAGGAUGGAGACUACCAAAUUCAUGCUAGUGAAGAAGUUUUCUCAAAUGAUCAAAAUGAUGAGAAAAUGAUACUUUCUAAUGUUCUCAUGUGUACUGGUGCAGAAAAUUCAAAUACACAUACAAAUUUGGAUCACUUUGGGUUUAAAUCUGAAGAUGUAGAAAAUCGACAAAAUGAAAGUAAUCAUCAAAAAAAAUCUAAGAUGUACGUGGACUUAGAUUUAACAGGAAAUGAUUUUAUAUCAGAACCAGUUUCAGAAGAAGUAGUCCUUACCAAUGAGCUACAUCCAAGCUCCUGAAUUUAUUUAUUUAAGGAUGUUAUUUUGUUAUAUUUUUUAUGUAAAACUGUAAAUUCUGUAAAAACUGGGUUGUGCAAUAGGACAUUAAACAUUACUUUCAUCGGGGACUUUGUUAGUAAAUUCAAAUAAAUUGCACGGCUUAUGUAAAUAUAAUACAUAUUAUAUAUAUUUGAAUAUAUAUAUAUAUUAUA